AGUGAAGCGGAACCAAAGUGCAGCUGUUUUUGUUUACUCCAGAAAGAGUCAAGAAACAGAAGCUACCAGGCCAUUUUAUCUGUGUCCGGGAUGGAGAUGCCUCAGAGGCAGCAGCUCCAACAGCUGAUAGAGGAGCUGACCACAUCUGGACAGCCACAGCUGGACCAGAACAAGACAAGAGAGCUGAAGAACAUCUGCAGAGCAUCCAGUGACUGCAUCGACCACGUCUACCAUCUACUGAUGACCCAGUUAAACCAGGACCACGCUGAGAUCCGACUGUCCGCCUUCCAGAUCGUCUCCGAGCUCUUUUCCAGAUCUCACCACUUCAGGACCCUGCUGGUGGACAACUUCCAGGAGUUCUUGGAGUUGACCGUAGAGACGGAUGCGGAGCAGCCCCUCCCUCCUCCGAAGGACGUAGCCAGGAAACUGAGAUCCCAGGCCAUCCAGGCGGUCCAGUCCUGGCACUCCUCCUAUGGUUCUGCAUACAAGAAGCUGGCACUGGGCUACCACUUCCUCAAGCAGGUUAAAAAGGUGGACUUCCAGGAUGCCGAGGCCAGAACCAUUACUGAGAGGAGGAGGCAGGAGGAGAGAGACCUCAAGAUGGAGAGGAUCUACAGAGCCAGAGUGGAGGCAGCAGCUAAAGAGAUGGAAGAGUCGGUCCAGGACAUCCAGGCAGCUCUGACACAGUUGGAGUCCUGCACCAGGCUGCUGUUUCCUGACUUUGCUCCAUCAGAUUUUCACACAGCCGGCAGCAGCAACUCCACUGUCAGUCCACCAGAGGGAGAGGAGCCCUGCUGCAGCAAGACCAUCCAGGACAACAGAGACCUGCAGGAGAACAGAGACCUGCAGGAGAACAGAGACCUGCAGGAGAACAGAGACCUGCAGGAGAACAGGACAGGAGGGAUGGAGGACCAGGAUGAAAGCUCUGAGCAGCAGGGAGAAAAAGUAAAGGAGGCUGAUGAUGAGGAGGAGGAGGAGGAGAGUGAAGAGGACAGCAGCAGUGAGGAGGUUGAUGAAGACUCGUUUAUCAGGAACUCUGGGCUCAUCUCUCACUCCUACAGUCUGGAUGUGAGCCUCAGUCCUGUUCUAACCGUGAAGGAGACGGAGGAUAACGAGGCAGUGGUUUCCACCAUGGUGGAGCUGCGCAGACUGCUGACAUCCAAACACCUCCCUGUGGUGCAGAACUGGGUUCAGGUCUUCACCAGGUCCCACGCAGAACCUCAGCUGUUGAGACGAGCUCUGGAUCUGAAGAAGUCUUUGGAAGCUGCGCUGAACAAACACAAAGAGCUUCACAUCGACUGCAGGACCAGAGGCCGCAGAGUGAUGAAGGCUGCCUCAGAUGAAGAUGAUGAUGACGAUUUUGAUGAAGUUCCAGAGAAAGAAGGUUAUGAGCCGCACAUUCCUGAGCACCUCCGAGCCGAGUACG